AGAUAUUAUUCCCAAAUUUAUGAAGUAUGUAAGUGAAUUUGGAAGCAUUUUUGAACUGCAAAUGUUUGGUAUGAAGUACGCAAUCGUGUCAGACCCAGAAAUUAUUAAGCCAGUGUUAACCAGCCCUACUCAAAUUACUAAAAGUCAUUUCGAGUAUUCAUUCUUCAGACCGAUGUUCAAUGAUGGACUUCUGGUUUCGGAUGGUGAUAAAUGGCGUACACGCAGGAAAUUGCUUGCACCUAGUUUUCACUUCAAGAUACUGGAAACAUCAAUAGAAACUGUAGAUCGGAAUGCAAAAGAAUUCGUUUCGAAUUUACUUGCUUCCGGAAGUAAACCGACUAAAAUCGAAGAUAUGAUAUGUUUGAUGACUCUUAAAAGUAUAUGUGAAACAGCGAUGGGUGUUGAACUUAAUAUUGAAGAUAAGCAACAAAAUGAAUAUGUAAAAGCUUCCAAAAUUUGCCAUGACAGUCUUGUGUAUAGAUAUCUCAGAUUUUGGCUGUUUCCUGACUUUAUUUAUCGUCAUUCUAAUGCUGGUAAAAUAUUUUUCAAAUGUGCAGAUCUUAUUCAUAAUUUCGCUGAUCAGGUUAUUAGUAACAGAAAACAGUUAUUCAUAGCUGAAAAAACUGGAUCUAAGAAUAAGAAUUCGACAAAAAAAGCAAGAAAUGCUUUUCUGGAUAAUUUACUUGAAUUAGAUGAUUCCAAUCCUGGUUUAUUCACAGAAUCUGAUAUCAGAGAAGAAGUUGACACUAUUAUGGUUGCGGGUCAUAAUCCAUCUUCAACAGCUUUGAUGUUUUUACACUUUUUACUGGCCAACCACCCAGAUGUUCAGGAAAAGGUAUAUGAUGAACAGAUGGAUAUAUUUGGGGAUGAUAUAAGAACUCCAACGGCCCAAGAACUUAAGAAAAUGAUUUACUUAGAGAUGGUGAUCAAGGAAACACUAAGAUUAUACCCAAGCAUCCCGUUUCAUAGCAGGUUAUUGCAAGAAGAUCUACGGAUUGAUGAACACACUGUUAUUCCAGCGGGUUACACUUUCGGAAUAUUUAAUUACUGCAUUCAUCGGUCCGAAAAGUACUGGAAUAAUCCAGAGGAGUUCAUUCCUGAAAGAUUCGCUUCGGGAAAUGAAAUACAUCCAUUUUCAUUUAUUCCGUUUUCAGCAGGCCCAAGAAGUUGCAUAGGCCAGAAAUACGCAAUGAUGGAACUGAAGACAAUCAUGUCAAGAGUGGUGCGGCAGUGUUGGCUAGAACCUGUCACGACUACAAUAAGUGUAGACUACGGUAUUACAUUAACUUCAACAGAACCGAUACUCCUGAAGGCCUUUCCAAGGAAUGCAACUCGAAGAAUGAUCUCUACGUGUAAUAUUUAAGAUUCGGCUUGGAAAUAAAGUAUUAAAACUAUUUACUCGUUGUAGACGACAUAAACUUGAAAUGCGUCUAAGAUGAAUAAACCUUUUUUAUAUUUUUCUUGUAA